UACGUUGAAGAACAUGGUUUGACGUCAGAGUCAAGACCAGCAAUAUUUGACACCCGUGAUGCUGCUCCAUUUGCUCUACCAAGAGCAUAUGUAACAGGUCCAUGUUUAAGCUCUGACGAUAGUUCGAACAAUAGUAGAACUUCUGAAUCAGCAGUUGUUGCUGUCAGUCACCAUACACCGAAUGCAUUAACAUCAUUUUUAAAUGAUCGUUAUUAUAUGGGUCACAAAAAUCAAGGAAAAGUUAUAGUAUUCAAUCAUUUUCAAUUCGAUGACUUUGAAAAUCGCGAUGGAACACAUGAAGAUGUGAAAAGAAUUGAAAAUACUUUUGGGAUAAAGUUAGGAUUCAAAGUGAAAGUUUAUGAUGACUUAACAGUGUCGCAAAUACUGCAAGUUGUUCAUGGAUUGUCCCAAGCUGACUUUUCUGACGAUAAUUGUCUAGUGAUUAUUAUAUUGACUCAUGGAAUAGAGAAAGGAUUAUUAAAAUCCAAGCAGGGAUUUUAUACGUUGGACGAUAUUUAUGAGAAAUUAGCUGGUGAUAGAUGUCCAACCUUAGCUGGAAAACCAAAGUUGUUUUUCAUUCAAGCAUGCCGAGGUGCAAAAUGUGACCCAGGUGUUGAAAUCCAAAGGAGACUAGAGGGCCAGACAUCAAGAGAUUUGCCACAAUUUAAUUCUUUUAGAAUUCCAUCGCAUUCUGAUAUUUUCAUGGGAUUCAGUUGUUUCGAAAAUUACGUUUCAUGGCGAAGCUCCAUGGGCACCUUCUUCAUACAAUCUCUCUGUGACGUUUUGGACACAAAUAGUCACAGAGAUGAUUUGCUUUCUAUGACGACAGCAAUUGUAAAUAAAGUUGGAGAAAUGCGUUCAGUAUCUGCUGAUAAUACUGAACAUGAUAUGAUGCAAACUGCUACAUUUAUAACUACUCUAAGAAAGAAAUUUUAUUUUAAUCAUUAAAGUGUGAUCGAUAGUAAUCCUGCUGACAUGAUCAUUAAAUCCAUAAGAUGGAAUCUUUUGGUAACUUGCUGGCACUUUAUAACCUAUGAAGGAAUGAAAAUCUAGCAGUCAUUGGACA